UCCACCGCACCCCAUUCUCCCCCCUUGCAGAUCAGCAAGUGUCCCGCUUGUGCCGCCAGAUGUUCCGCCCGCUCCCGGCCCAAUCCCUCAUCCACAGCGUGCUGGGCUACCCGAUGGGCUCCAUCACGUUCGACCAGAACGGCCCCCGCCACGAGUCGUCCGGCUUCCUGUGGCACAACAACCGGCGAUACUUUGCCAUCUGCGCGAACCGCAAGGAGGUCAAAACGUCGAUCGCCGAGCAGGUCUUUCGCGAUCUGGUGCUGGAAGCUAUCCGAACCGUCGCCGAGCUCAACUUCCCGGACGCUCCCGUUCCGAUGGCCGUCGAGCUGGACUCGGAGCUGCUGUUCGGCUCGGAGCUGUUUCCGCUGGCGGCCGUGGUUUCGUUUGCGCUGUACAAACUGGACGAACACUGGAACACGAACCUGCGCGAGGAAAUUGCGCCGCCCAAGUUUGCCCAGCCGUACGUCGGCAAGACGCGCAAGUCGAUCCGGCCGCUGCGGGAUCUGCCGAAGAAUGCCGCCGAGAUGCACCCGUCCAUGUUGAUCGUAUUUAUGUGCCCCAAGUACUCGUGGGAGCUGCUGACCAAGCCGGAGGAUGUUGACCUAGGUGACCCGUGGUACCAGUACGUGCUGGACAUCGAGGGCCACCAGUACGAGGGUGAGGGACGGAACAAGAAGGAUGCCCGCUGGUAUGCGGCGGCUGCCGCCUGCAAGGAUCUAUUCAACGUGGAAUAUCACGAGGAUGAUGUCUAUCAAAAUUAGUUUUUUGAACUUUUGACUAGGAUUGAAUUUUGAUUACUGAAUUGGUUCGUUUAUUGUUCAUUGCAACAAUAUAGUUUGUUAUCGUUUCAGACUCUAAA